AUGCCUCCUCUACCUCUGACAACAAACGCUACCAUUUCUUUCGACCCAUGGAGCACUCAUGUCACUUACAGUUCCAAGGGAACAUCCACUACCUUCUUGGCUGAUGGAAGCAAAACUACCUUCCAUUAUUACAACAGUGUCCUAAUCCCAUACGUGAUCAACCUUAAUCCUGUGAAAACUGACUACAUCAACGUCUGGAAUCAGCAGAUUACUGGCGGUCAGACAGCUGUCCUGCAGACUAGCUCGAUUGUACCAACGCCAACGGCUAUCACUUGGACCCCAACGGUCGGAGGAAACACUACCAUCAUUGGCGGCACCACAAGUGUCAUGCCAGGGCUCACAUACUCCUCUGGAAACGUGACCUACAGCACGACUUCGUGGACUGGCGUAUGGGGAAAAACCACACAUGUCACCGGCGGGACCACCCAGCCUCCGCAGACGUCGACUGUGACACCCUAUGCGUACCCGACAACUUCAGAUAAGGCACCCGAUCCAACUUUGAACACCGUCAAAACCACGGUGAAAUCUGCUUCCAACUCUAAGAGCUGGGGCCCUAAGCCGACUUCAUCUAAUGAGCACACCGGCUCAGGUUGUAUGUUUAUGACACCCACCCAAAUAUCGUAUUGA